AUGCAAAUAAUGUUGUUCUUACUUGUGACAACCAGAAUAAUAGCAUCUGAAGUACAACCUUCUCGUAUUCAACGUCAGACACAAGAUAAUUUCUCUCCGCUUGUCGAGAAUUUACAAAAACUUUCUCGAAUCUCUAAUGGAAUUUCUCUGGAAAUAGGUCUCAUUGAUGAAACCUUCCCAACCGACAAUGUCAUUUCGGAACUCCUUCAUAUGGGAUCCCUCAAACCAAACCAGUUCGUCGACUCACAAUUGAAUUCUGCUAAAAGUGCUAUUAGUGAAUUGUCAAGUUUACCGAAGAAAUGGAAAACUGACGAUGGUGUGACGGCUAUCGAAAGUCGAUUGGUUGUCCUCGAAAAUAUAAGAAAGGAGUCGUUUUCGGUGGAGGAUUUUAAGAAUUUCACGGGAAGGAAGGAUUAUGAGACACUUUUGGGAGAGAUGAAAGGUCUGGACGCCCAUAAGGCCAACAUCAGUUCGCUGAAAACUGAAUUGACUUCCUUGAACGGAAUCUUCUUGGGAUUUGAGAGCAAGGCGAAGGAUCUGAACGUGCAGAACGUUAAGACUGCUCUUCUUGCCUUUCCUAUGAUUGAGAACAGUUUGGGAGAAAUGGAAAAAAUGGUCACAACUCUCGAUCCACUUGUUGUACUUCUGGGAAAAGCGAAGAGACUCAGAGAAUCCUCCAAGUUCUUUGAAAUGCUUCGUCUGGAAAGUGAAUUCAGAAAGAAUCUUACAAAUGUAUUGACCUACCGAGAGGAUCCGAUGAAAUCUUUCAAUCAAAACUUUGACAAUGUAUUCGAUCUUGGAAAAACGUCUGCAACCUCGGAACCAGCGUUCUCAUCGAUCGACCAAUUGAUUCUGAAUAGAAGGGAUUCUCGUGAAUUGCCAUGUGAAUACACGUGUGGACUCGGAAAUGUAGGAAGUGAUUUGGAGAAGCUGAAGAAUGACUGUGGUGACGAGUGGAUUCAGAAACGGAUGACUAAUGGCUCGGUUGUGGAGAAGAACCUGAAAGAGUCUUUCUCUUAUUUGGAUGAAUUGAUUGGUGAAUUGAAGAAUGUGGAGCUGGCGUGGAAACCGUUAGAGGAUGACAAGUUGCUUGUGAGAUAUGACCAAGUUCGAGUAAUUCAGAAAGAAGCUAAUCAUCUGUCUGGAAUAUCGCAAGUGAUCAAGACAAAGAUUGGAGAGUUCAGAGAAUGCGAUAAUCCCAGUACCGGGUUUCCAGGAGUCAAGUUUGAAGGUCUCAAGAAAGUUGGAGAUGUGAUUGGCGAGCUUAAUACGGAUUUGGAUCAACUCAGAUCUUUGAAUUACAUUGAAAAACUCAAAAGUGUGACAUCGAUGAAGGAUGGGUUGAGUACCGCCGGUAAACCUGAAAAUGAGCAGAUUCAAAUGGCUAGAACGUUCCUGCAAAAGAUGGAAUCCAAUGAAGAAUACAAGACUGUCAUUGACUCGUUGAAGACGCUUCAAACUGAUCUUGGAAGUUUGGAAACUAUCAUUCCGAACGUUGUUGAUGCAGUUCCAAAAAUUUCAUUCAAGUACAUUGAUGAUCAUCAUAAAGCACUCAAUGAAGAUGUGAGUGGUAUCCUAGAAGCAAUGAAAGAAUUGAAUACUGCCACGUCACAAAAGUAUGGAGAAGAAGAAAAAUCUGUGAAUACACUGAAGAAAUUAGAGCUUCAGUUUUCGAAAUUCGGAUUGAAAGACGCUCCGUCAUCACUGGAAGCACUGGACACUUUCUUUUUGGAUUAUGUAGGCUCGAUGACGUUUGUUCCACCAUCUGUGGCUCCAUUGAUGGUUCCAUCUGAACCAGCGUCUUCUCCAUCUUCAGAACUCUUCUCGACGACUAUCGUAUUAAUAAUAAUAAUUUAUUCAUCUUUUGUUGUGCGAAAGAGAAAAAAAAAGAAAUGGGCGAAAUCUAUAAGAACAUACAACAAGAAGGGGUGA